CGCCUCCAGCUCCGGCUCGGGCUUGGGCUCCGGCUCCGGGCGCGGACCAGGUCCCCUUGGUCCCCGCCGCGCGCCCUCCAACCUGCUGCUGCGGCCGCCGCGCACCCCAGGCUCUGCCAGCUGCUCGCUCUCUGAGCCCGGGGCCGGAUUCCCAUGGAAGCGCCGCGAUGUUCGCCCCGCGGCUGCUGGAUUUCCAGAAGACGAAGUACGCUAGGUUCAUGAACCACCGAGUCCCUGCCCACAAGAGGUACCAGCCCACAGAGUAUGAACAUGCGGCCAACUGUGCCACCCAUGCUUUCUGGAUCAUCCCCAGCAUCCUGGGCAGCUCCAACCUCUACUUCCUGUCAGACGACGACUGGGAGACCAUCUCCGCCUGGAUCUACGGCCUUGGCCUCUGCGGCCUCUUCGUGGUCUCCACCGUGUUUCACACCAUCUCCUGGAAGAAGAGCCACCUCAGGAUGGUGGAACACUGUCUCCACAUGUUCGACCGGAUGGUCAUCUAUUUCUUCAUAGCGGCUUCCUACGCACCCUGGCUGAACCUUCGGGAGCUGGGCCCCUGGGCCUCCCACAUGCGCUGGCUGGUCUGGAUCAUGGCUUCCGUGGGUACCAUCUACGUCUUCUUCUUCCAUGAGCGGUACAAGCUUGUGGAGCUUCUCUGCUACAUCGUGAUGGGCUUCUUCCCUGCCCUGGUCAUCCUCUCCAUGGUGGGGAAACUGAGGCCUAGCAUGACUUGUCUAAAGAGGCAGUAGCCCAGCCCAACACCGAGGGCAUCUGGGAGCUGGUGACCGGAGGGGUCUUCUACUGCCUGGGCAUGGUCUUCUUCAAGAGUGACGGGAGGAUCCCCUUUGCCCACGCCAUCUGGCAUCUCUUUGUAGCAUUUGGUGCUGGUACCCACUACUAUGCCAUCUGGAGGUACCUCUAUCUGCCCAGCACCCUGCAGACCAAGGUGUCCAAAUGAGGUGACCCAGACUCCAGAGGUCAUUUGGGCUUUAGGAGUGCAGCACCACAGGAAGCGUUUUUGCGAACGUUAACCCAGAGCACAGCACAAAGGCCUGUCUUCCCUUCAUUGGUUAGAGUUCUCGAUGGCUCUGAGGUGACUUCUGGUGAUAACCAGAUCGUCCCUCGAGUCUCCAGCGAGAAACAAAGCAUUUAGCCAUUCUCACAGAGGAGAAAUUAACCCUGUAAUGUGUUUCUAUUUUAGAUGAGUGUUUCCUAAUACAAGCAACAUUAACAUCUUCAGAAAAGGAAGCAGGCGUGGUCCUGGACAAUUGGGGAAUGACGGGCCAAUCUGUGUUUCAAAGGUCCUGAGGAAUCUGGCAAGGAGUCCUGUGUCUUGUUUAUACCUGGGUGGCCAGGGCCUCCCUCUCUGCUACCAAAGUCCAGGCUGGCGAAUUGUCUCCUGUUCAGGGAAAGGGGACAGCCCAGCUUGUAGAUGAGGGAUGGUGAAUGGCUGUGACCAUGGCAGACAUCACCAAUCAAGUGCAGCACAUGGGUGAUGUUAGAAUUCUUCCCAGCACUGUGUUCUGGGCAGCCAGUACCAAUCAAUUUGGCACUCAUGAUGGGACCUCUUUGCCCUUCCUGUCUGGUGUGCGCUGAAAUGGGAUCAUGGCCAGAGUAGCUAAAAAUCUCCACAUGGGCAUUUGCAUGCCUAUCUCCUCAUCUCUCCCUCCCUUUUGGGAAGCUCCUGGAGUAGGCAGUUUGGGGGCAGUAGAGGGAAACUGAGGCACACACCCAUGCAGCCCCUGAUGUUCUGUCCCACUGUAGUUGGUUCUCAGUACAGUUGGGGAUGAGGAUGCUGUUACUUGGCCAUUUCUUCCCAUCCCCUCAAAUCCAGAGACAUUACGAGAGCCAUUCAUUCAUAAGAUGGGGCAAACAGUCCCUGGGCACUUGCUCCCUGUUCCAUACUUAAAGUUUGUGAUACCAACCUUUGGAUUCUCUCUUGGUCCCAAUCAGUGGCUGUUAGAGGCUACUCAGGUGUACCCCAAAAGGAAGGCACACGAAUCUAGGGAGACUGUUCCAGGUCCCCUCAACCUCUGAAGUGCCCAGUAGCCCAACAACAAGGCUUCUGGGGACCUGCUCUUCAGCCCCCGUCAGGGCAGGGCCAGCCUCUCUGUCCAAUGCUGCCUGGACAUUUACUGGGGAGGUGAGUAGCAGGCCCACCUCCAGGAUCUGAACUGGAAUCUCAGAUUCUCUGGAUAAAGAAUCUGUCUCAAAGCAGGAGGUCCUCAUUCUGUGACUCCCAACCAGAGUGGCGUGGGCACAGACCGAAUGCCUUAUGCUUAUCUCUAGCACAUUCCAGGGGGUUCCAGGGCUCCUGCACCUGGAAUCCCGUAUGUCCAAGCCAGUAUUAAAUUAUCUCGACACAUUCCACAGA